GGCCCUCUUCCGAGCGGAUUCGGGGGCGGGGUUGGGCGGCGGCGAGAACGCGCCAGCCUUUCUCCGGUGAGCAGGCGGGCGGUUGUCGGAGGUUCAGCGUCUGGGCUCUCUGUCACGUAGGUUACGCACACGCUCAGUCCCCUGGGGCCGCCCGGAGCCCGCCCAGGCAGCUGUCCCCUCCCAGACUCCGGCGUCCCGGAGGCGGGGCCGCGAUGGUUCGGGUCGGGGGCCCGAGGUGGAGCUGACAAAGGGCGGAGAAGAACCUGGCCGAGUUGGGGCCGACCACGAAGCCCUUCCCCGCCCGUCGGGCCCUGGCUUCCCGCCCGCCGAUUUCCAGCCGUCAGGGUCACGCUACUCCCUGGAAGCCCUGAAUUCCGGUGCCCCUCAAGCCCCGGGCCCCCGGCGGGAAUGUUCAAAAAUGAGUACCAGGGAGGUGCAUUUGUUGAAAUCUUUACUGCUCAGGGAAAAAAUCCUGGAGCAAAAUGGAAGAUCCUUGGCAGUCCAUCUGUGAUUUGGAAAGAAUUUGAUAAAGAAGUUAAAAGUUUUGUGUUUGUCCUGGAAGGCAGCAGCCAAACAAAUAAAAUUCAGUUACCAAAGGAGAAUAAGCAAAUCCUUGGACUGAUCCAGAGGUUUCUUGUACUUCAGAUUUACAUACCCCUGGGACAAGACUUCGCUACUGAAUUGCUAAUUACUGAUUUAAGGAACAUAAAAAGAAGAUUGUAUUUAUCAACAGUCCAUAAGGAACUGUCCUCAACCCCUCUUCAUGCAAAAAUCCCACUCUUCAUGAUCAAACGCAAAAUCUGGUGCAAUCUAUGCAUUGACCUGGUGGCAUUUACCAGUGAAAUAUUCAAAGGAGCUGUUUUCCAGUCACUGGAUGGAAUUAUUGUCUCAGCUAACUGUAAGCUACGGAAGAUCUUCACUUUAAAAUGCAGGCCUCAAGACACUGCUGAUAAAGAUGAUGAACCUACAGACAUCAUUCCACGAAGCUGCCAACUAACGACAGAUGUUCCACAAGUCACACAGCUGCUAAACAUGACUAAACUCCGCCAGACUGAAAUAAAAUUUGGAGGUCAUCCUCUAAGUUCAGCAGAAUCAGAUCAGUUCAUUAACAGAGGAACAGGUAGCAUGCGGAGCGGUAAAAAUCAAGAUGUUUGUCAUAUUGCCUUUGGAUCCAAAGUUCUUGGACCACCUCCACUCUCUGGCAGAAGAAAUAACAUGAGGAUAUUCAGUGAGACAGUAAGAUCUGUUGGGUCCAAGAAUAACCAAUCGUGCCAGCAGUCUACAGUAGAGAAGUGUGUUAACAGGGCAGAAAUGUCAACCUUGCUGUUAUCUGAGUCUGAGGCACAAGGAGAUAAAGAAAAUAUUGGCCACAUAAAGCAGACUGUACCUAUUCAUGCCAAUCUGCAUAUUAUGCAUCCACAUCCCCCUCAAGAACCAUCAGCUGAUAAGAAUAAUAACAGGAGAAGAUUACAGUUAAAAAGAACCAGCAGAGAAAGGACAGAGACACCCAGCGGCAAUUCUUCAGGAAAUAACAGAAAUGAACAUAAAGCAACAACUGUCCUCACCAGUGUGUUCCAACAGAGAACAGAGACAUUGAACCCCAGCUCUCCAGCACCCCAGUCUCCUGAUCAAGCAGAUGAGUGGAUAUUUCCUGAAAAUGAUGACCACAUCCCCCAUUUGGCCUCCAGCACGCAGUCUCUACUUCUGGUUGAAAACUCCUGCAACACCUCACACCUGUGGCUAGAAGCCAGCAAGAAAAAUGAACGUGACCAACAGACAGAGGAAACCCAGAUUGUUCCAAAGGAUAUUUUCACUUUUUCAUCAAGACCACGAUCAGCACCUCAUGGAAAGACUCAGAAUAUGUCCCCAGAGGGGUGCCCAUUUAUUUUGGAUCUAAAAGAGGAUACCAGUGUAAUAAGGAGAGACACCCAAUUGGAGGAUGAUUUUUACGGUGGUGAUAGCACCGAAGAGGGUAACCACAGUGUCCAGGGUUCAACCGGCCCAACAACUAGUCCUCCAAGGUUAACUCAGUUAACAUUAGAGAGCGUGCUGGGGAAGACUGCGAGCUGGACAACUAAAGGAUAUCUAAAAACUGCCUACACAGAAGCAGGAGCAUCAGAAAACCAGAAUUCCUUGGCGAAGCAGAUAGAUAAAAAAGACUUUGAAACGAGUUUGGUGCCUACACCAUGCCUUUCUCCCCCUGGAAGAAGGAGUGGAUCCUCUCCAAAAAUUCCACGUCCUGUUAUCAAAGCAAAGGACCUACCAGCCCAUCAAGUGUCAUCUUCGAUAUACAACAUCUCCCUACAGGAAAUUUCAGGGGAGAAGUUGAAACCGAUUCCUGAAGUAUCUGAAUAUGACUGGAGAAACUAUCAACCCAGCCAGAUGAGUGAAUCUGAGUUGCAAAUGCUAGCAAGCCUACGGCGGCAACAGAACGAAGAGCUGGAGGAUACUGGGGCUCCCCAUGGCCUGAGCGCAUCCCAGCUUGACAACUGUAAUGUCAGCAUAAGUACCAGCAGCGAUGACACAACCACCUGGAACUCCUGCCUGCCACCCCCUGUCAACCAGGGUCGUCACUAUCAGAAAGAAAUGAAUCCACCUUCUCCUUCUAACCCCCGGGACUGGUUAAAUAUGCUGAGCCCACCGAUUGUUCCUCCCAGUCAACAGCCAGCAGAGCAGCAUCAGGAUUCUUCCGGAAACUUGAGUGCUCAAGGUCUGCUUCACCUCCUGGCCCUCAUUUUUGGCCUGGUCACCACAUGGGUCUUCGUCCGCAGAUAUAUCAACUUCAACAUGAAAACCAUCCUCCUGGCUUCACACCCGGUGAAGACCAAGUGUGGCCUCAGCAAAUCCUGCCCAGACAACUUCUUUGCGUUUAAAAUCACCAGCGGGGCCGCCAACGUCGUGGGCCCCUCCGUGUGCUUUGAAGGCCAAAUGAUCAUGAGUCCUGUGAAAAACAACGUGGGCAGAGGCCUGAACAUCGCCCUGGUGAACGGAACCACAGGAAAGGUGAUGACACAGAAAUAUUUCGACAUGUACUCUGGAGAUGCUAACCUCCUGGUGAAAUUCCUUAAAGGAAUUCCAGAGGGCACGCUGGUGCUGGUGGCCUCCUACGAUGACCCGGGGACCAAGAUGAAUGAUGAAAUCAGGAAGCUCUUCUCCAACUUGGGCAGCACCUACGCAAAUCAGCUGGGCUUCCGGGACAGCUGGGUCUUCUUAGGGGCCAGAGACCUCAACAGUAAAAGCCCCUUUGAGGAGUUCUUAAAGAACAGCCCAGACAUGAAUAAAUACGACGGCUGGCCGGAGCUGCUGGAGCUGGAGGGCUGUGUGCCCCAGAAGGUAUAUUAGGGCGGCUGUGGCUCUUCCUGGGCCAGGGCCCAAGGGUGCUCCUGCCCGACUUAGGAGUCAGAGCCCAGGCUCACUGCGAGCCAGACUGACAGGAGGAGACGGCCAGCAGAGGAGGAGACGGGAGAGGGAACGGAAGUGUGGAACGUGCUGAGGGUCCUCCAGUACCCUGCACGCUUCCCCCAUUGGAAAACAAAGCCCCCCCUGGGUGGAGGCGUCCUACCUGGAGGUGGCCAGCCUCAGAAGGUCCUUCCGGAGCCGGCUGUCUGGAGAGAACAGGUGUGUUUUCCUUCAGGGACUGCUGACUGUGGCUCCCAAGGAAGGACAGGACGGACUGCCUGUACCUGAGCACAAUUAAAUUUUAUUUUUGAUGAUUUUGAACAAACUUUCCCACCCCUUGAUGUGCAGCAUUUCCCCUGGGGUGGUCUAGACUGAGUCUGCUCGGCCACAAGUUCCAACAGGUUGGUGACGGCUUCAAGCACCUGGUUAAGCAGCUAGAAAGGAGGUCGGCUCCAUAGGGAUUACUUUUAGGUGUGGAAGAAUCCUUGGCUCCCAGUGUGAGGUGUAAGAUCCACAGCAACAGAGACAGCCAGAGGAGCAGACGCAGAGAACACUGUCUUCACCUGCUGCUUGAGUGCGAGCUGGAGAAAAUCCAGAUCUGGAGAGGAGAAGGAAGCAAGGAGAUCUGAGAAAGGCUUCGGGGAAAACAUCCCGGCUGUCUCUGUGUGGGUUCCCUCGGGAGCAGCCCCGAGAUAAGGAUUCGGGUGCAGGUCGUUUAUUUGGGAAGUGAUUCUAGAAAACACCCAUAGCAGAUGGGAAAGUAAGACAGAAAAGAGAAGGCAGCCAAGAAGCGGUGUGUUGUCGACUCAGCUACUGCUGGGGGUGAGUGGAACUUAAUCCCACGGGGAACCCUUAGGAAUCGGUGCAGGACACACACCUCAGAGAUCUCAGGCAGAGGGGAGGGAGCUGGGGUACUUAUACACCAACUCCCAUCGGCCAUCGUUGGAGGGCUGCUGGUGUUGGGGCUGAUGUGAAUUCCUGGGCCCUUCUGGUCUGACCUGUGUGGGAAAGAGCGGCCUUCUUGCCUUUGCAGAGAGUCCUUGGCCGAGAGAUGUCAAUACCAGCUGCUGGA